AUGGUAGAAAAGAUUUACAUCGCCCGACAUGGCGUUAGACCUAGCUUUAUCAACUCCACCUGGAAGAGCGUCACCGGUCUAGAAAGAGACCCACCUCUCACAGCUUACGGGGAGACCCAGGCCGAGGAACUUGCCCAAUAUUUUUUAUCCUUACCAGAGGAAGAGCGACCGACGGCGCUAUUUUCGUCUCCCUACUACAGGUGCUUACAGACUUCCAAGCCGGUGGCCAAUGCUCUCAACAUACCCAUAUAUGUAGAACAUGGCGUCGCGGAAUGGUACUCGCCAGCGACGCCGGGUACAGGUCUUCAUCCACGCCCAGGCUCUUCGGCGUCCCUCAAAGAAUAUAUCUCUGAAAUCGAUCGAUCCUGGGAAACCAUCUGGUACCCGUCUCGUAAGGGCGAGACGGUAGACGAGAUCCACAACCGCAUCGACGGAUUUCUCGAAUUAUUUGUUCCAACAGUCGAACAAAAGUUCCACGAGAAGGCUGCCCGGAUACUUAUCGUAAGCCAUGCAGCCACGACUAUCUCUCUUGUGAUGUCCUUGGUAGGAGACAGGAACCUCCGAUUCAAUGUUGGAUGUUGUUCUUUGUCCGAGUUGAAACGUAGGCCCGGUGCGUCGAAUGUUGUCGGAGGCUGGGAAGCAUUGAAGGUGGCGGAUGGCACGCAUCUCGACGCUGGGUCUUCCAGAGAUUGGGGGUUUGCGGACAUCGAGGUUGAGGAAGGCAAGGUCGUCGAUGAUCCUGGGGUGCCUGGAACUGAAGAUGAAGUGGAUCAUCCCGUCGGCCCACAGAUACCCCUCCACAUGAACAGCAAUCUUUAA